AGAAGUAGCUCAUCUAGCAUUGUCAGAAGAAGUCCAAAUGAUACUUUGGGGUAAUUUCUCUUCUCAAAUCACAAUUUAGAGGAAAACACGGAUCUAUUACAAUAGAAUAAGUUGUGAGUUGUACAGCCAUUGCACAGGCAUUAAAUGCCAGUAGGGAGCGCAAUAGCUUUAUUCUGUCCACCUCCAGUCGGGAUUUUCCUCUGCAGCUUGUCUGCGUGUUGUUUUGUGUGCAUGUAGGGUGAGUGGCAGCAGAGCAAGCAUGUGCUGAGAUCCUUCUAAAGGCAGAACCUGGACACUUUGUGUGUGACUGCAUCGUAAUGUGACGAAUUUAGAUAAUACAUUACAUCAUUUACACUUAUGAAAAGAGGUAUUUAUUUAAAUGUAUCUGAAGGCACUGUCGAGCCAAACAGGCGCGGUGUGGCUUUGUAAAACAAAGACUUCUUUUACUCCUACCGUUUAUUCAGCCAGUUUGAGAGUAUUAUAGCUUAGACAACAUGUCCACUGACUGCCAGAAGACCACCGCCAAGGCCAUCCCGUCGACCUGGAGGGUGACCAUCAACGACGCGGCGCACAUGCCCCUCGACUACUCCACUACUCCCGGAGGCACCCUAGUCAGCACGACCCCGGGUGGUACCAGGAUCAUCUAUGACCGGAAGUUCUUGCUGGGGUGUCGCAGCUCUCCAGUGGCAAAGACUCCUCCAUGUGGUCUGCCCAAAAUCCCAGGGGUGACCAUUCCUCCCUCCAAGGACAAUGAUGGAAAGGCCCAUAAAGGAGAAAUACCAAACGACAAUAUAAAUGCAACUGACAGCAUUCACACUGGUGACGAUUCACAAUUUGAAAUGGACAUUUAGGGGGUCCUGGAAGCAGCAUCAAGAAUGUCAGAUUACCAACACAAUGCUUUGAAGAGAGGCUCAGGAACGUAUUUGUAUUUCCCAUCAUUCCAUCCAGGACUGAGGUUAGCCUUCAUUAUCUUCAGUCGGUCUUUAUCAAUUACAGGUGCUAUGAGCAGAUCAAAUAUGUAAUGGUUUUUUUCACUCAGCCUCAAGGCAUUAAGCUGAUUUAUGUCUGACAAAGUGUGCCUUCCUAUUGUGGCAUCAUUCCAAGAACAGGGAUGAGUCAAUGCCAAUGAAGACUAUCAGUAAAAAAGUGAUCGUAAUUUCCUGAAUUUAAAACCAUUUCGAAAAGGCAACCUUGAAAUGUUGAAUAUACUGUAAAUUAUGUUGACUGUUCUUCAUCUGAAGUGUUCUUCAUCUGAAGUGUCAUACAGAGAACGUAAAACACAAUUUUGUUAAUGACA